AUGGCCUCUCAAAACCGCUACCCAGCUGCUGCCAGCAUCACCUUUAGCAAGGGAGCCGUGCUCAGCGUGGGCGUCACCCAGAGCCCUGCACGCAAAAGGCUACAGCAGGCGCUCAUGACCCUCAUGACGUCCGGUGGCAAAGGAAUUUCCGCCUUACUUGAAUCAGACAACCUGUUCAAAUGGAUAGGAACCAUUCACGGAGCAGCAGGCACGGUAUGUGAAGACCUGAGGUAUAAACUCUCCCUAGAGUUCCCCAGCGGCUAUCCUUCCAAUGCACCCACAGAUAAGUGGUCCACGCUUUAUGAUGUCAGGACCAUCUUGCUCUUUAUCCAGAGCCUGCUAGGAGAACCUAACAUCGGUAGCCCUUUGGACACACAUGCUGCCGAGUUCUGGGAAAACCCCCACAGCAUUUAA